GGACACAAUGGCUGGCGCGGAGUAUAAGAGAUAUUUGGCGGAGAAUGUGCUUAAUGAGCGGAAGACGGUUACGUUUCGCUCGUUGGGGAGGGCUUUGAAGGUGCAUAGUACCUUGGCGAAGCAGAUGCUGUACGAUUUUCAUCGCAAUGAGAACGGCAAGAAGCCGCAGAGCGUGAAUGCGACUUACAUUGUAACGGGCGUUCAGAAGGCGCCUGUACCUGCGACGAAUGGCCAUCCCAGCGAAAAUAGUUACGGAGACGGUGUAUUCCCGAGCAGUCCGUACCUAAGCAGUUCUAUGCCCAAUCAAGAUUCCCUAUCGGAUACAGUUACUACUACCUCGGUGCUAUUGGUACGGGAGGAAGACUUGGAAGAUGCAAAGGCUACUUUCGAGUCGAUAUCGUCCAUAUAUAUCUACAGUCUGCAGCCGACGGUUUUGCAAGAUCUUAAUGUUUUGACGGAUGUUUGUCGCGAGGUGUUGAGCAACCAUUCUCAGGAAGAUCCUUUAGAGUACGGCAAACAAUGGGGCAUGAUUCAAAAUAAGAAUGUCAAGCGGAGAACGGGAACGCGGCCGCCGCUACCAUCCCCAGCGCCAGCUACUACUACAUCGAAGCCUAUCAUACCAUCCAAGCGGCCGAGUGAAUCCUCAUCCCAGGCAAAUCCAAUGUCAAAGAAGGAAGAAAAUGUGGGAUCCGGGCAACCGUCAGCACAGGAAAGUGCGCCCUCAACAUCCAAGCCUACUGAAAAGACCGCCACGGUGAAGCGCGAAAAGAGUAACCUCUUCAGCUCUUUUGCGAAAGCAAAGCCGAAGCAGAAGGAAGAUCCCACUAUCCCGGCAGAAUCAGCCGAACCCAGUGGCGCCGAAGAUGUUUUCCUCGAUGAUGCCUUCGACGAAGAACCGGAAGAGCUCUUCCCCGAUAGCGUAAAGGCUACCUCCUCAGCUGCUGCAACUCGUGAGAGUCGAAAAGAACGCGAAGAAAGAUUAAGGAAGAUGAUGGAGGAUGAUGACGAAGAUGAAGAAAUGCUGGAUGCUGCAGAACCAGUCGAAGAAUCUAAACCCAUCGAUGAACCACCUCCCAAGCAACCCGAGCCCAAAGAAGAAGUUACAGUUCAGGGUGGGCGUCGACGUGGUAAGCGUCAAAUCAUGAAAAAGCAGGUUCGCAAGGAUGAUGAAGGCUACUUGGUGACUGUUGAGGAACCAACAUGGGAGUCAUUCUCCGAAGAUGAGCCCGCGCCGCCGCCUAAGAAGAAGCCCGCUGUGGGUGCGCCCAAGGGUAAGCCUGCAGGAAAAGCUGGACAGGGCAAUAUCAUGUCAUUUUUCUCCAAGAAGUGAGCUGUGGCCUACGAUGUUAGACGAUAAUGUUGGGGGUUUGUGUAUAUCAAUAGCAUAGCAUUUGCAAGCCCGCAUGUGACUACUAUAUCAAAUAAUGACAUAUUCAGUUACCAUCGUCUUCGUCCAGUCUCUUGACCAGAGUAUAUCGCAUUCACGGUACCCACUCCCAUGCGGGGAAUAGCAGUAGCAC